CUUAUUUGUUUGCACUUAAGUCUUUAUUAAUGUACAGCGAUACAUUCAGUUGGUACUGGAAACAUGGCCGGGUUGUUAGUGAAGAAAGCUGUCACUUACGUGAGAAGCAAAGAGUUUCGAGAAUACCUAUGCAGCACACACUUCUGGGGGCCGGUGGCCAACUGGGGACUCCCGCUGGCUGCCAUGGGGGACUUGAAGAAGGACCCGGAGAUUAUCAGUGGGAAGAUGACCUUAGCUCUGGCUAUCUACUCCAUGCUGUUCAUGAGGUUCGCUAUCAAGGUCCAGCCACGCAACAUGCUGCUCUUCUCCUGUCACAUCACUAACGAGGCUGCUCAGCUAACUCAGUUGGCAAGGUUUAUGAAGUUCCACUAUUUUUCUGAUGCGUCAAAGAGAGAGAAGCAGCAGAUGGAGGCCAAGCCCGAAUCAGCUGACAAGCCACAUAUAUCUCCCUCCUCCCCGUAAAUAAAGUUGAGAGACACACGGUUGUUACAUCUAUCUGCAGGGAGUCCUCCCACUGAUACACUCACAGACAUGUCAGCACUUGUACCUUGGUGUGUAGCUUGACACUUCGUCACAGGGUGUACUUUUGCUCUUCAGGGUGUACUGUUGCACAUCAGGGUGUAGUGUUGGGCAUUAGGGUGUACUGUUGCACAUCCAAGACCUCGAUGUAAUUUUACACUCUUACGGGAGUAUUGCUACACUGCUAGUGUGUAAUUUUAAACUCUUACGUGAAUGUUGCUACACUAUCAGUGUGUAAUUUUACACUCUUACAGGGGGACAGUUACAUUUUGUGUAAUUUUACACUCGUACAGGGUAUUGCUACACUAUCAGUGUGUAAUUUUACACUCUUACGGGGGGACAGUUACAUUUUGUGUAAUUGUACACUCGUACAGGGUAUUGCUACACUGUCAGUGCAUAAUUUUACACUCUUAUGGGCAUAUUAUUACACUUUCUGUGUAAUUUUACACUCUUACGGGUGUGUUGCUACACAUCAGUGUAUACUGUUACAUAGGUAUUUAUAGACAUCUGUGAGCGUCUUACUAUAGUGUUACAUAUUUGUGCAUCUACAACGAAACUGAUUACUCAUAUCACGGACUAAGUUACAAAUUAGCCCUCCUUGCACAGAUCUGCACACAGGGACUGAAGUGAGUGUAUCGUGAAUGUUUGCGAUGUGGACAGCAAGAUGUAACUGCCGAUGUACCACAAUGGUGCCGUGUGAUCGAGGGAUGGCUGGGCCGAGUCACCUACAGACAAUAUAAGAUAUCAUGUCCAUCCUCUUUUAACAUUAGUUAUUUACAGUGAAAUUUUCUUAUCCAUAGGUUAUACUUUUUGAGUGAGAGAUUGUACAGUUGUUGGUUUUGUUAUUUUAUAGACAUGUAUAAUUAUUUUCAGAUGUUGAUUAUUCAUGAAUAACACACAAAGGGCAUCAUACUCAACCUGUGCUUGCUGUAUCAAGAAAAGAUACUGUUUGGGAUCAUGAAGAUUUUUAUAGCUAUGUUUAUGAAAGUGUGUGUGCUCAGUCUUGACUGCAAACAAAUUUCCCCAAAAAUAUUUGUGAUCCCUAACUUUGUUUUUUCGGUAUAUGGUUUCGGAAACGGUGGAUAUACAUGUUGAGUAUGUUUGCAACCCUGUCUGAAGACUUGGUCCUGAUGACGUCCGGUGAUAUUAUUUAAGGCAGUAUUUAGAGUUUCAAGUCAAUGCUCAAGAGGUUGUUGAUAUUUACACACAUCAGGUGUAUGGUUUGUCCAUCUCAUUAAAAUCAGAUCUUAGUUCUCGCUACCACUAAACAAAGAUCUUAGGACAUCCCAUUACGGGUCACGUCAGAACGACCUUUCAUCCGACCAAUCA